GAUUAAAGGCCUCUCAACGGGGUCCUUUGUUCUCGGCCUCAUUUGAUGCUAGGCUAACCACGCCGCGGAAGGUGCUUUAAAUGUUUGCCCCCAGCUCAGGGACGGUUUCAGAGAACGGGGAGAGCCCCGCUGUCAUGGAGAAGGGCCCCUUCUCGGUAGAGUGGUUGGCGCAAAGCAGCCGCGGCGGGGAUAACCACGCAGCUCGGGGGGAGAGCAGCGGGACCGCUGCUGGCGGCCGUCGGAAGAAUAACAGAGGCGCGUGCGGCGCUGCCCGCGUCACCACCUCUCCGACACCGCUCCCCCUCCCCGCAGCACACUCAGUACAAACGGACCCGCAGCGGGGCAGCCCCGCGCACGAGGUGGAGGCGGGAGGCGGCUCCCGGCCCCGCACCAAAUUCUCGGCGGCGCAGCUGCAGGAGCUCGAGCGGAGCUUCCGCGAGCAGCGCUACAUCGGAGCCAGCGAGAAGAAGCGGCUGGCGGCGGCGCUGGACCUCUCGCAGAGCCAGAUAAAGACCUGGUUUCAGAAUCGCCGCAUGAAAUUUAAACGUGAGACGCAGGAUGCCAGGGUGGAAGCCCUUGUCUCAGGCCUGUUCCUUCCUUAUCGCUGUUACCCGGAUACGGUGACACCCAGCUGUCGUCAUGGGGUGGAUGUCAGUGUCUCCUCUACCCCCGGUGCUCCCCUCCACCCAGCAGGGCCCAGCCCAGCCCUGCUGGUGCCCCCUGUUCCAGCUCAGCUCCCGCAGACAGCUUUGCCAGGCACAGCCUUGCUGUUUCCCCCCAGCCCAGCACUGCCUGUGUACUCCGCUGUGAUCCCAGCUGUGACUUUAACCAACGACCACAAAGGACUGAGGUUCCAGCCCUACCUACCUUCUUGUUAACAACACCAAAUAUAAUGUAAUCUGCCAAAUAUCCAAAGAAUAAUUAUUUAUUUAGUUAUAUUAAACAUGUGGAUGAUUUAUUGUUUAAUCUUUCACACACACACACCAAUGUUAAAAAGAAACAACAACCUCAAAGUAUAAUAUUGAGAGUGAAAGUCUUGAAAGUUCUACAGCCUUCAGUUCACUGUACUGAAACACUUCUUUUCCAAAAGUUUAUUUUCAGAAAAUAGCCUAUAUUCAGGUGGGGCUCCUCACUAGGAAAAGGGAACAUUUAUUAUAUUUCCAGGUAUACAGUAACUACAUAAUGAGAUAACAUAGUGAUGACAGCAAGCAAAUUAAAGGAAAAUGAUACAAUAUGUGUCAGCCCUCUGACCAAACACAGAUUGCCUAAUAUUUUGUCUGUAUGCUUUGCACAGUCCUUGAUGUCACUUCCCCCCUAUAUGGCUGCUUUUAAACACAGGAAGCUAACAGAUUACUUGUCAACCAUCUUUUUCAUGCCAGUGCCAAAUAGCCUUGUAACUUAUACCUACUGCUUAAAACACACACGUUGUUCCCAAGUUUUGUUCUACUACAAUCACUCAAAAAUAAAACAUUUGUUAUUUAUUACAACUACAGCUUCAACUGAACUUGGCAGAUUCAAUAACUCCAAGCUACAGUGCAGCGUUAGGCUUGCAUCAGGUACUCUUGGGACUGCUCCUUAAAAUCCUCAAGCAAGCUUUACAGAGAAUGGCAGAUUCAAGCCUGCAGGUAGGGAGUAAUGAGAAGCACACCCUGCAUCAGCAUAGAGCUACACCAGCAGGUGUGAUUACAUCUCUCUUGCCCUUGACCAUCCUAACCUGAUUGCUAACCAAAACUAAAUAAGUUUGUAUUGUCCAGUAAAAAUAACAAUAGAAUAUCUCAUUUUGAGGUAGAGGUCCUGAAUAAAAAGAAGUUGACAAGCAUGGCCUACAACCCCAUUGCUCAAUGCUGCUGUUUUUCACUUCCCCCACCACUUGUGUUUCAGGUUGAGGAAAGCAAAGCUAGCUCUUGGAAGACAACAGGGGAUGGUGAGGAAUAGGAGAUAGACUUCUGCCUACAAUCCUAGCUUCUGUUCAGAUUAUUUCCUCUGAUGUAAUACCCCAAACCCUAAUUGCCAUCUAUGCUGUCAAGAAGCACCCAUACCUUACCUUACAGGAGAGGAAGGGGAAUAACCCAUCAUUGUCACUCAGAGGAGAUCCCCUCUCCCAGCACAACCACACCUCUUUCCUCCCUGCCCCACCGGGACUCUGCUCUGAGGUAGGACAAAAGGUGCAUUAAUCUGCAGCUGUGAAACCCAGAGAAAAUGCAGCAUGGUGACUCAGGACCAGUUACCCUGUAAAUUCUAGAUGCUGCUUCCCCUGCUGACCAGCAAGUUUACUGCCAGCCUUGCCCCUCUUAAGUGUUACAACAGCAUCAGGUUUAGACAUUUCAAAUGUGGAGACCCCAGGCUGUUACACUGAAACUCGUGGCCCCUGGGGUUGAAGGCAACAAGGGUAAAAUCAAAACUACAUUGCAGCAAUCAAUCUAGUUUCUAAUGCAC